AUGGGCCAAUCUACAACUAGCAAUACGUCCAGCGCUGAGAGCUUAAAGGAAAUCAAAAAGGGCAAAAAUGAAAAGCCCUUGCCGCAUAAGAUCCGGGUCCAGCCAUUGAAGAAGAUCGACAAGGUGAAAGGGAAGUUGGGUGGCUAUAAACUUGAUAUAAAACAAGACUCGAGAAACUUAGGCUAUUUAAUUGCAUGGCAAAAUAGUGAGAAAAGGGUGGACGAAAGCCUGGCAAAAAAUGAAGAAAGUAACAGCAAGGAGUUCAAGUAUAAGUUCUCUCACGUUUGA